AUGAGCCACCAACGAUACCCAUCCCAUGAGACGGCCAAAGAACCGCACUCGGUGUCUCUUAAAGUUCUGCGACUGUCCCGGCCAUCCCUCGUCGCCCAAUACCCCCUCCAACCGCCAUUCUCCGCAACAUCUCAUCCUCCGCCUAUACCGGCCUCCCUCGCCUACAGUUCCAAUGGCUCUGCCAGCGCCCCACCGACAAACCCAGCUCCCUUCGUCCUAAGCCCCAUCCUCAACCUACCCCCGUCCUUCGGCUCGGCGUAUGUAGGCGAGACCUUCAGUUGCACUCUCUGCGCGAACCACGACAUUCCUCCGCCGUCCAUAACCGCCGAAGGGCGAAUACCACCACCGCCCGCAGCGGCAGCAACCGCGGCUGCCAAGACGAUCCGCGAUGUGCGCAUCGAAGCAGAGAUGAAGACCCCUUCCUCCGGGACACCCAUCAAAGUGUCCCUGCUCCCCUCCACCCCAGCCGAAAACACAGCACACGACGGCAACAGCAGCGACAGUGGCGUGGACCUCGAGCCCGGCACCUCCCUUCAAAAGAUUCUCUCGUUCGACCUCAAGGAGGAAGGGAACCACGUACUGGCCGUGACGGUGUCGUACUACGAGGCGAGCUCGCUGUCGGGCCGGACGCGCACGUUCCGCAAGCUGUACCAGUUCAUCUGCAAGGCGUCGCUCAUCGUGCGCACCAAGCCCGGCGCGCUGCCUGUGGGAGACAGGGGCCAGCGGCGGUGGGUGCUGGAGGCGCAGCUGGAGAACUGUAGCGAGGAGGGGGUGCUGCUGGAGAGCGUUGGGUUGGAGCUGGAGAAGGGACUGGGGUAUGAGGAUUGUAAUAAUUGGGAUUCUGACGGUGGUGGUGAUGGUGAUGGUGAUGGUGGGGGAUGGGCAAGGGGGAGGAAGAGGCCGGUGCUGCAGCCGGGGGAGACGGAGCAGGUCUGUUUUGUUAUUGAGGAGGAAGAGAAGGGAACGGCGGUGGAGGUAGAGGGCCGCCUGGUCUUUGGGAUUCUGCAGAUUGGCUGGCGGAGUGAAAUGGGGAAUAGGGGGUUUUUGUCGACAGGGAAACUGGGAACGCGGUUUGUCAAGCCGAAA